AACUCACAACAAAACAUGACAAGCCUUUCGAGGUUUAGUGGCUGCCCUCUCUCUUGCGUCAACCCCGGGGAGAGCAAUACUGAACACAGCGUGGUGCUGCCACCUUUGGCAGGAGAGCACAUGGGACACCCCACUGGCAGUUCCUUAAAACUCUGCCCCUCGCACAAUUUGCGAGACUACCCAGAGACGAGGUCCAGUGCAUAUGUUGACCAUUCGGUUCACAAUUUUUCAGACUCUGGAUACCCCAGUCACCGGUUAGAGCACAGCCCUAGGGGCAUUAUCAUUGGAGCCAAUCUUUCUGGAGCCGGCAUGCCACCCGUCACUGAUCAACUGGCAUCAAGACCUAACCAACAUGGAGGGAUUGGACGCUAUCGUGACUUUCCUGGCUGCAGAGACAACAGAAGCCACACUUUUUUCACAAGUUAUCAGGAGCAGGCCCAUGCCUCCACCGACGCAUCUCGAGAUCUCGGCAGCCAGAUGAUGCUGGGUCUACCUGGCGACCUCCUCACCCGGACUCAUCCUUACGGCCAAACUAUCAGCCCCAAGGGAAACAGCCAGCAACUUGUCACUCAGUUCUUGGGUCUGUACAAACCCCUGAACAUGGCAAUUCAGCGUGGAGGAGGAGACGCUUUCCUCAGGUGCUCAAAACAAACAGUAAAGCAUGAGCUGGUGUGCAAGUGGAGUGACGGCCAAGAGGGGGCUGGAAAAAUGCCUUGCUCCAGAGCCUUCGGAACCAUGUAUGAACUUGUCACCCAUGUGACAGUGGAGCAUGUCGGAGGACCUGAGCACUCUGAAUAUGUGUGUCACUGGGAGAAUUGUGUGAGAGACAGGAAGCCUUUCAAAGCCAAAUACAAGCUGGUCAACCACGUCAGGGUCCACACAGGGGAAAAGCCAUUUCCCUGCCCAUUUCACGGCUGUGAGAAAGUUUUUGCAAGAUCAGAAAAUCUAAAGAUCCACAAGAGGACUCACACAGGUGAAAAACCUUUUAAAUGUGAGUUCGAGGGCUGCAACCGGAGGUUUGCGAAUAGCAGCGACAGAAAGAAGCAUUCACAUGUGCAUUCCAGUGAUAAACCCUACAUGUGCAAGGUCAGGGGCUGCGACAAGUGUUACACCCACCCAAGCUCCCUGCGAAAGCAUAUGAAGCUUCACUGCAACAAGACCCAAGUCGCCAAAGACAGCGACGCGCGUCCUGGUGGUGAGGGUCACAUUGCGGAGGGCAGGUCAAACCGAGUCUCGGAUGGAGCCCAGAUCAGCCCCCCUCAUCCACCCACCUCAACUCAAGAUGUCCCCCUGUCCCCAGAGAGUCGAGACGAGUCGACCCCGAGGUCGCGUUUCCAUCACACGUUUGACAGCAGUUUGGACUACUCGACACACAGGUCACAGCCCCUCUUGGACCCUUUGUUGUUACAGAGAGGCAGCUACAGGCCCCAGUCCUCCCAGUACCCCUGCGGCCAGACAGGUCACACUUUUGCCCAGAGCUCAAGGACUUUCUCCCCCGCUUCUUCCUUUCAGAAGAGUAUUGUUAAUGGAUGGUACACAUGCCACAGCGGCGUGGACUCUUUCCCACCAAAGCAAUGUAAUAACAUCCCGUCUCUCUGAGGUGUUGUUGGGACACAUAUAGGCGGCUCAGAGUUUUUGGGCCUAUUUUUUCAUGUUGUAGCUCCAACUUAAAGCUAUUACUCUCUGUACUUUCGUGAAUGUUGUAUUAAAUAUUUUGCGUGACGUCCUCAGUUAUACUAUUGACUGUUCAUUGGAAAUGUGGCAAGCUUUAUUUGUUGUUGUGAGGCCUGUUUGGGUUUGGCUUACAGCCUGUACAUGUCCCUACAGUGGGUUAUAGGAACCGUUAUGUGUAUUUCUUGUUUUCGUUGUGUUGCGUAAGUAUUGAAGAUGUCUAUCUUUAAGUGGGACAAAAAAUGACUAAGGAUUUUAUGGAAACCUGCGUGUUGAUUAGUCUAUUCUGAACAUUGAAUCUUUUAAGUAAAAGGAUGUGUCUUGCUGAAUGUAGCCCUGACUGUAAGGGGGUCCUUCUUGAAUGUAAACUAGUGUAAUGUAUGUCAGGAUGAAUAGAAAUAUUAUCAUGACUUAUGUAUGUUGCAAGAUAAAAUAAAUAUCAGAUUUUUUUUAACCCCCUCAAGUUACAUUUUGAGGUUUAACAAGCCUGCGUGACGGUCCAGGAGCAUGAUUUGUAAUUAAAGUACCGCGAGGCUCAGUAGUUUAUU